AUGACUGACGAUACCAAAACAAAAGCAGGAAAAAAAGGUGGCGAAAGUGGCCUUGAAGAUCUCAAACGUGAAUCUGAUAUUGAUGAUCACAGAAUAACAUUCGAAGAACUUUAUCGAAAAUAUGGAACUCAUCCUGAAAAUGGUUUAACCGAUACGAAAGUAGCUGAAAUAUUUGCCCGAGAUGGUCCAAAUGCGUUAACACCGCCUAAAACAACACCUGAAUGGAUUAAAUUUUGUCGUCAAAUGUUCGGUGGUUUCGCUAUGUUAUUAUGGCUUGGUGCCUUUCUAUGUUUUAUUGCACAUGGUAUUGGUGUUGCAACAUAUGAGGAAGCAUCAAACGAUAAUCUUUGGCUUGGUAUUGCGUUAACAGUGGUCGUAUUUAUUACCGGUUGCUUUUCUUAUUUUCAAGAAGCAAAAAGUUCAAGAAUUAUGGAAUCAUUCAAAAGCAUGGUACCACCUCUUGCAUUGGCAAUUCGUAAUGGUGAAAAAAGAAAUUUAAAAGCUGAAGAAUUAGUUGUUGGUGAUCUUGUUGAAGUUAAAUUUGGCGAUCGUGUACCAGCUGAUAUUCGUGUACUAAGAGCACAUGGUUUUAAAGUUGACAAUUCAUCGUUAACCGGUGAAUCUGAACCUCAAUCACGUGGACCUGAAUGUACUCAUGAAAAUCCACUCGAAACAAAAAAUCUAGCUUUCUUUAGUACAUUUGCUGUUGAAGGUACAUGUCUUGGAUUAGUUAUACGAACUGGAGAUCGAACUGUCAUGGGUCGUAUUGCUAGUUUAGCUUCAAAUUUGGAAACUGGAGAAACACCAAUUGCACGUGAAAUUGCUCAUUUUAUUCAUAUAAUUACGGGUGUAGCAGUUUUUCUUGGUGUUUCAUUUUUUGUCAUUGCUUUUAUUCUUGGUUAUCCAUGGCUUGAAGCAGUCAUCUUCUUAAUUGGUAUCAUUGUGGCUAAUGUACCUGAAGGUCUUCUUGCUACUGUUACAGUAUGUCUGACAUUAACAGCUAAACGAAUGGCAAAGAAAAAUUGUCUUGUUAAAAAUUUGGAAGCUGUCGAAACACUUGGUUCAACAUCAACUAUUUGUUCAGAUAAAACUGGUACAUUGACACAAAACCGUAUGACUGUUGCACAUAUGUGGUUUGAUAAUCGAAUUGUUGAAGCUGAUACAACUGAAAAUCAACAAAAUGCUACAUAUGAUAAAACUGCACCAGGCUGGCUUGCGCUUAGUCGUUGUGCAAUGUUAUGUAAUCGUGCUGAUUUUAAACAAGAUCAAGAUAAUUUAAAGAAACCUGUACUUCAACGAGAAUGCAAUGGUGAUGCAUCUGAAUCAGCUUUACUUAAAUGUGUCGAAUUAUCUAUUGGUAAUGUUAUUAAAUUUCGUGAACAAAAUCGAAAAAUUUCUGAAAUUCCAUUUAAUUCAACAAAUAAAUACCAAGUAUCGAUUCAUGAAACUCAAGAUGGUGAUGAUCGAUAUUUAUUAGUAAUGAAAGGUGCACCUGAACGUAUACUUGAAAGAUGUACAACAAUUUAUACUGAUGGAACAGACAUUGAAUUAAAUGAUUAUUGGAAAUCAGCAUUUAAUCGUGCUUAUCUUGAAUUAGGUGGUCUUGGUGAACGUGUCUUAGGUUUUUGUGAUUUACGCUUACCAAUAAAUGACUUUCCACGUGGUUUCUCAUUUGAUUCCGAUGAAGUUAAUUUUCCUGUAGCGAACUUACGAUUUCUUGGUCUUGUAUCAAUGAUUGAUCCACCUCGUGCUGCUGUACCAGAAGCCGUCGCUAAAUGUCGUUCAGCUGGUAUAAAAGUCAUUAUGGUUACUGGUGAUCAUCCAAUAACAGCAAAAGCUAUUGCUAAAGCUGUUGGUAUUAUAUCUGAAGGACAAGAAACUGUUGAAGAUAUUGCACAACGUUUAAAUAUUCCUAUUGAACAAGUUGAUCCAUCUCAUGCUAAAGCAUGUGUUAUACAUGGAAAUGAUUUAAAGAGUAUGUCACCAAGUGAAAUAGAUGCUGUUUUACAUGAUCAUCCUGAAAUUGUCUUUGCUCGUACAUCACCACAACAAAAAUUAAUUAUUGUCGAAGGUUGUCAACGUCAAGGUGCAAUUGUUGCUGUCACUGGUGAUGGUGUUAAUGAUUCACCAGCAUUAAAAAAAGCUGAUAUUGGUGUUGCUAUGGGUAUAGCUGGUUCCGAUGUUAGUAAACAAGCAGCAGAUAUGAUUUUACUUGAUGAUAAUUUUGCAUCGAUUGUCACAGGUGUUGAAGAAGGUCGUUUAAUAUUUGAUAAUUUAAAAAAAUCUAUUGCUUAUACAUUAACAUCAAAUAUACCAGAAAUUACACCAUUUUUAAUGUAUCUUAUAACGGAUAUACCAUUACCACUUGGUACAAUAACAAUUUUAUGUAUUGAUUUGGGUACGGAUAUGGUACCGGCUAUUUCAUUAGCUUAUGAAAAAGCAGAAACCGAUAUUAUGAAACGACGACCACGUGAUCCAAAACAUGAUCGACUUGUCAAUGAACGUUUAAUUUCAAUGGCCUAUGGUCAAAUUGGUAUGAUUCAAGCAUCAGCAGGAUUUUUUGUUUAUUUAGUUAUUAUGGCUGAGAAUGGUUUUUGGCCAAGUCGUUUACUUGGUUUACGUAAAUCAUGGGAAUCAAAAGUAGUUAAUGAUCUUGAAGAUUCAUAUGGUCAAGAAUGGACAUAUCAACAACGUAAAACAUUAGAAUAUACAUGUCAUACAGCCUUCUUUGUUUCUAUUGUCAUUGUACAAUGGGCUGAUUUAAUUAUUUGUAAAACACGACGAAAUUCAUUGAUACAUCAAGGCAUGACAAAUUGGAUGCUUAACUUUGGUUUAGUUUUUGAAACAGUUCUUGCUGCUGCUCUUUGCUACACACCUUAUCUUGAUAAAGGCUUGAAUAUGUAUCCACUUAAAUUUCUGUGGUGGUUACCUGCGAUGCCAUUUUCACUGGCAAUAUUUAUUUAUGAUGAAGUUCGAAAAUUUCUUAUUCGUCGAAAUCCAGGCGGCUGGGUCGAACAAGAAACCUAUUAUUAG